CGGGUGGUCCUUGACAUCUUGACGAAAGCUCAAAAACUAAUAAAACAUGAAAAUUAACCUGACUACGUGUCACAAGUCACGAUAAACUUGGAAUUUGCGUAAAAAAUGUAGGGAAUAUAUGCAGUAGAGUGAUAAAGGAAAAUUUAACCUUCUAUUGGUUUUGAGGGUAAAUGCUCUUUGUAGCAUUUGAUUCACAUUAAUUCAGGUGAUUUUGACAACUGCGAAAAUACAUUAUCAUCUCCAGACACCUUUUUAAAGUGACUUCUUCGACAAGAAGAAAAUUGGAAUGAGUCAAAGUGUUUCUAGGCUGAUCAGCACUCCAAUCGACAAUUGGGGCUUUGUAUCUUUUUAUUAUCAUUACAAAUUAGAAACUCUCUAUAUUUAAGAUGAUUUGCGAUUUGUAUGGAGCAUUCAGCGACUUUUUUCAGGGGGAAAAUAUUACAUUUAUUUCAUCACCUCCUAGAUGGCAAGGUAACACCCCCAUUCUAAACAAUGGCUGAGAACGUAAACAACAACCCCUUCGCCGGCCUCUUCUCCAAUUCUACCGAAACAGAAUCCUUCUCUCAAUCUCAAAAUUCCUCGCAUUCCCGUUCCUCAUCAUUUUCAAAUGGCCUAGACCCUCCUACAGUCUCUCCCCCUUGCACCUCCCCAGCCCUUGACAAGCACAUUCAAUCCAUCUUUGGACUUUUAUUAAUCCAGAAAACCCCCCAAAUUAAUUCCCGACUUAUCUCAAUCGACGCGGAAACGGUAGAAGAUGGACUCUUCGAACGUCUAACCUUUCCAGACAUCAGAUCGAAACUCACUCCAAUCUCGGACAUAAAGGGAGCCACGGUAGACCCUCACUAUGUUCAGUCAGAGAUAAUUCCUUAUCUGUUUGAGUGCUGGAAUCGACUCCAGAGGCUAAAACAUCAGGAAAAUUCCGACGUAGAGCUCAAUGAUGUCAUUAUUCUAGAAAACGUCGUUCUGAGGUCAGUGGGGACUGCCCUAGAGGCUCCAGAAAUUUUUCAGGAACAGGAUAUUCGCCGACAGUAUCUGCAGCUCUUCGUGGACUCGGCUGAGACAACAAAUGUGGCUGCAUUCACCGAGAAUGUUGUUAAGGUGAUUGGAAUUGAUGAGGAGAGUGAUGCUCAGGCUCUUCUUGGAGCCUUUGGACCAAUGUUGAAUAUUAUUUAUAAGGAAGCAGCUGAUUCAAAUCUUCUGGUCUUCAGGCAGUACUGGUUCGAUGUUCUCCAGGUAUUCUCCAAUAUUGAAUCCCUCGCUAAGUUAUUAAUUCACCAUUGCACACCAAUUGCCGAUCACGGCUCUGCCUUUUCUGACACAAUCUUCGGGGCUCUGCUGUCUCUGAGCUGUUUACCAAAGAGCUACGGAGGUCCCUAUGAUUUCUUUGAUAAACCACUGACGCAACAGUCGAGAACAAUUGAGGGAAAUAUCUGGACUGCCUUAGAUGCUCUCAGCAAGAAUCUUCAUAAGAUUUUUCAUUCGUUGCUCAAGUGCUCAGCGGAGACGAGGCACUUGACUCUAAAGUGGAUUGCCAGGUGCCUCAAGGCGAAUGCUGCUAGGGGCAAGCUCUGGAAUACUCAGGGCAACGUUGGGCCAGCUCUCACAGCUUCUGAUGGAUUCAUGCUGAAUUUGGGAAAUGUUUUGCUGCGACUCUGUCAACCCUUUUGCUUGAAAUAUGACGACCCGAAAAUCUUAAAGAUUGACCCCACCUACUGUGCAGCUGAGCCUCUAGACGAGGAAGACUCAAGGACUCGAGGGAUCCACAUGAAAGGAAUGAGCAAAGAGACCUGCCUUAUUCCCGUAUCAGAAAACGAAACUAGGCCAGUAGCAAAGACUUUCACCUUCGUCACAGAGUGUUUCUUCCUCACUCAUCGGGUCUUGGACCUGGGUUACAGAGUGGUUCUGGAGAAACUCAUGAAAACAACCCAAGACCUCAGCAGGAUUCAACGAGUCUAUACCGACGCUCAGGCCGGAGGAUCCUCAGAAGUCUUUGACGUUAUUACUCAACGAAUGGAGAUGGAGAUGACCAAAUAUCUGUCAUUGAGAGCUAGUCUACUCACUCCAGAGAUGCUGGAGCUCCUUGCCAAGUUCCAUGCUGCCACUGCUCACUGGGUCAUGCAAGUCACCUCAAAUCUAGCCCUGGAUGAAAACGGGGAAGUCUUUGCGCCGAUGAAGCCUGUGAAUAUCACAUUUCCACUGCCUGAGACUGUUCCAGACACUCUCAAAUGUAUUCCUGAAUUUGUGGUGGAAAAUACGGUGGGAUUCGUGUGCUUCUUGAGGAGAUUGAACCCAAAUACCUUUGAGGAAUAUGGCAAGGAUUUCUUGGAUCCAAUUCUGACGGAAAUCAUUGGGCUGAUGGACUCCCCGAAGAGGCUUUAUAAUCCUCAUGUACGGGCACAUUUGGCUGAGGGACUGGAGGCACUUCUGCCGAUCCAAGAUGACAGCAACAAUCAUCUGCAGGCGACACUCGGUACAUUCCAUAGGGAACAACUGUUCCUUAAACAUCCACAUAGGAACGAAAUCGUCGGGAAUUUACUGCACGUGUUUGUUAGUAUAGAAAUGACAGGACAGAGUGUCCAAUUCGAGCAGAAAUUCAACUAUCGCAGACCGAUGUACAUUGCCAUGGACUACCUAUGGAAAAUAAGAGAGCAUAGAAGCAAUUUCCAGAAAUUGGCUAUCGAAGCUGAGAACAAUAUGGAAGCAGUUCAGCCUCCACUUUUUCUCAGGUUUAUUAAUUUAUUGAUGAAUGAUGCUGUUUUCCUCUUGGAUGAGGCACUAAGUAACAUGGCGCAGUUGAAAACUAUGUUGGCUGCGAGGGAGAAUGGAGAUUGGGAUAAAUUGCCGCAACAUGAGAGAGAUCAGCAAGUUGGGUAUCUUCAGCACAUUGGCAUGAUAGCACGAUUCGAUAAUAUUCUGGGAAGGGAAACCAUUUCUACACUCAAAAUGCUCACUUCUGAGAUAAAGUCUAUCUUCUGUCACAGUACUCUGGUGGACAGAAUUGCCUCUAUGCUAAAUUAUUUACUGCUGCAACUGGUGGGACCUAACAAGAGGAAUUGGAAAGUAAAAGACCAAAAGGAGUAUGAGUUUAAUCCUGCAAACUUAGUACUAAACAUUUGCGAAAUUUAUAUCAAUUUGGGGGAGAAUGCUAACUUCACACUCGCUGUUUCACAAGAUGGAAGAUCCUACCGCCCCGAUUUAUUCGAGUUAGCUGAUAACGUGCUGGUUCGUAUUGGUGCAGUGGGGAUUCUGAGUGACCUUGCAAAUUUCUCAAAACGCGUGGCAGAAGCAGCCCAUAUAAAACGAGAAGAGGACGAGAUACUGACGGACGCACCAGACGAAUUUUUGGACCCAAUUAUGUCUACCCUAAUGACCGAUCCAGUGAUUCUACCUUCUUCAAAGAUGUCGGUGGACCGUCAAACAAUAGCCAGGCAUUUGUUGAGCGAUCAAACUGAUCCAUUUAAUCGAUCACCACUGACCAUGGACCUCGUGAAAUCCGACACAGAUCUUAAAAAUAAAAUAGAAGAGUGGAUUGCAUCGAAAAAACAAUCCAGAUCGUCACAUUUGGAGAUGUAUAGAUACCCAAAAAUUAUUGAUUGCGGGAUUUUUUGAGUGGCACAAUUGAGAAAACAAGCAUUGUCGAUGCUGCUGUCAUGAGUCGUCAUUGGAAUUAUACGAAAAUUAUUUAAGAUCUCUUCAAAUUUAUGAAACUACAUGAAACAAAUAUCAAUAAAAAGCUACGGAGUGAAGCAACUGAUUUUUAUGUGUAAGAAACAUUUGAAAGAAUUUUUUCGCGAUAUUUUUGAAAAAGAAAGGGAGAAGAUAUGCCAUUGAGAAAACAAAAAAUCCGAAAAUUGUUUUUAACUAUAGAAAAGUAGAAUUGAGUAAAAGAAUAUUUUAGUGGAUCAAUUUUAUUGUUAUGAUAUCCGAGUAAAUUAUAUAUUUAACAAAUUAGCCUUCAUUCCAAAAACAUUCCGAAAGUCGGAGGGUUGCCCACAUUAAUUGCUUGUAAUUUCUCGGUGGCACAGUUAUUCGAAAGAAGAAACACCAAUUUUGUCAUGAUUGACGGUGUAGUUGAAAGAUUUUUUUAUUUCAUCAAUCUCAAGUAGCAAUUAGUUAUUCCAACGGGUCAUAAAAGUUGCUUUCACUUUUACAUGGAACAAUUUCAAAACCUCCAAUUAUACAUUCAGCCUCUUGACAAUUUAUCGACAUGCAAUAGACAUAAUGAACGUUCUGUAAAUUUAUCAAACCUAUGAUGAUAUAAUGUAUAUGUACAGUAAAAAUUGAUUUAAAAAUCGUUUCGUUUCGCAAUUUUAUAAUUGUGAUAUAUUAAUAUUAAUUAUGCAAGAUUUGUGUAUCAUAAAAAUAUGUUAUAAAUCUUUUUAAGUAAAGAAGAUGAUUCGCUCAAAGAAAAAACCAAUCCAAAGUUUUUCAUCUUCUUUCUCUUUAUCUAAAUUAAUUGAUUGAAAAAAAAAUUACUUUUCAUUGUUCUAGAGAUAAACUUAAAAUAUUUAAUAUUAAUCCACGAUAUCUUGCGUCACCUGUUGACCGUCAGGAAUGAUAAGAUCAAUAUCUUGUCGUUUUCGAGUACAAACAAAAUUUAAUUUGUUUUUAAUACUUAAAUGAAAGAAUUAUCGAGGUUCUUGCGAACCCCGAUUAAAUGGGGGUUAAUCCAGGGCAUCUAUCAGCUCCUGGAAGUCUUCGACGAACCACAGGGAAUUUGUUUUCACACUCUCCCUGACGACGUUACCACCAAAUCCUGUUUUUCAGUGAUAAAAAUAAGAUUUUUCAAUUUCCUGUUUUUCGAUGUGAAUUAGAAUUGGAAAGAUAUCACAGAAUGUCUGCAAUAUUUUUCCCAAAUGGUAGUGAUACAAAAAUCUCAAGUAUUUUUCUCAUGUAAAAUUUAAAAAGUAUAGAAAUUCACCAAUGAACGCUGUGGCUGGUGGACAUGCUUCCAUGUCCGUGGCGCCAUCACCAACGUGAACAAUUGUGUUAAAUCCAUGUUUGUCUUGUAGUCGUUUGAUCACAAUAGCUUUUCCACCACUCCGCGAUGUCGGUUCAUUCUCGUCAAAUCCUGCAUAUUCUCCUGGUGAAAAGAAAUGACAAAUUUUGAAGGACUUCGAAUAAAAAGCAGAAAAACUUUUCGCUCCAAUAAAAUACUGGGAAUUAUUAAAUUAAUGAACUGUUCACUAUUUUUAUUGAAGUUUUGUCAGUUCGAUGUACGACAUUCAUAUGUCCCAUCGAUUUCCAAAUAAAACAAUCUGUCAUGCUAAUAA